AUGCUGGAUAACCUUCCAUCUGGUCUUUUGAUGCCUGUUAUUGCCCUCAAUGGAUGGACUUUGGCAAUGGAAGUUUGGAUGUAUGCCGUGAACAUACCGAUCAUCAAAAAGUUGAAGGUCAACAACACCACAACAAAGAGCCAACUUGAAGCUCAGACGCCGCCCGCAGCUCGUUGGAAGAGGGACAAUUACAACCAUUUGAUGGAGCAACCUACCCAGUUCUAUGCCAUAGCUCUCACUCUGGCGAUCGCUCGUCGGGGAAAAAGUGAUGAUAUCGAUGGCAUCCUUGCUUGGGCAUAUACUGGAACUCGCAUUCUACAUAGCCUUGUUCAUGCGACCGAGAAUAAGCUCAUGCUCCGUUUCUCCUUGUUUGCCUUCUCUUCAUGUUUGUUGGCCAUUAUGACGGCAAGGGCAGCGCUUUUAGUCUUUUAG